AGACAUUUUCUAAUCAGAGCUAAUCUUAUUUAUCUAAACUUUCAAUAAAAAACAUAUAUUUAUAUUCCAAUAAUCUUCCUCUCAAGGUAAGGAGCACACAAGUUUUAGGCUUUUAACUUCCAGCAAAAUCUGAUAUCCAUUUUGUUGUACUCACCAACAUAGUUUUUCACCUAACUUUGAAACAUUAUUAAAAAAAGAUUUUGAUCGUAAGACACCAAUAUAGACCACAAUAUCUCUUAAAUGACUUUAUCCCCAUGGCACUCCCCUUUGUCGAAGUUUUCAAAAUUAACAUUUUUUCUUAAUACUGGAUACAUUAUCGUAUAAUUUUUAUUUCUAUCAUAAAUGAUAAAUAAUCGGCAACAUAUACGAUAUUGGGAAUAAUUUCACAGAGAACAUUCCAUAAUAUUGUCACUCUCUCUGUAACACUCGACGAUUUUGCAUGUAAUAUACAGCCUUUUUGAUGGAUAGACUCUAUAUCUAACAAAUGACAAUAAUAAACGUACAGCUAAACGUGGAACAUUUUAAAACUUCUGGUAGGUUUUGCAUCUUAAAAUCUAGGAUAAAUGGCAUCUUUAAGAAAUCGAACCCAGACCUGACCUGAUAUAUAGUUUUUAACUCAUUGAGCACUGAGCUAGGAGACUUCCACAAAGUUUUUCGAAAUUUAUCUUUAUACCUUAUACCGUUUAUUAGGUUUCUAAGCCAAUAUAACUUUUUACAUUAAUAUUAUAUUAUCAUGUUGAAUCUAAAUCCAACCGUUUAUAGAUUUUUUAAGGACUCAUUCCUUCAUGUUAAUAAAAGAUAUAUUAUUUAUAUAUUAGAUAAUAUUUGUUUAAACAUUUUGAUGUACGGUUGGAUUGAUAUCCUAACAAAUAGAAUUGUUGAGAUAUAAAGCAUAAUAUUUUAAUUUUAUCUCAAAUAUUUUUACUAAUAAAAGUAAGGUCAUGAACUAAAUUUUUUAACGAAUUUACACCUGACUGGUCCGUGGAUUUUAAUUUACUACAACUUUCCUAACCGUAGAAAUAAAAUGGGUUGAAUGUGACUAGCAGCUGGUAAUUGCAUAGGACUUUAGGAGUGAGAUGAACUUGUGAUUUUGAUUCGGGGAUAGUCGAGAGACAGAUUAUUGGGGCGAGAAAAGGAUUGGAAGCAUCAAAACAAAAGAGUAGUAGACAGGUAAACCAAGACAAGCUACGGUUUGGAGUUAAUCGAAUUUGUAAAGCUACAAAACGUGAAGUGGUCCUUUUUCUUUAUUUAUUCCUUUUGUAUCAAUUGUCUCAUUUGUUUCUGAUAACUUAUAUGGCAAAUUCGUCAAUCAUACAUGCUUUCAUUUCCCUAAUCGAAACGGGUUGGUCCAUGAACUAAGCAAAUCGCACUUAAAAUGCGCUAGCUAGACAGUAUCAGGAAACUUGAUACUUUUUUUAAGAAACUUAAAUGCUACAGAAACUGAUUCAAACAGAUGAACAACUUUUUACAUUUAUGAUCAUUUAUAUAAAUUUGUGAUGCUCUUAACAUUCAUGUUUGAAAAGAGAAGUAGUUUUGCAUGUGGUAUUUGAUUUAUACCUUCCAUAGUGAAAUCAUGAUGUUUGUUGACAGUAAUAUAUUUUAGUGGCCUUUGAGUGCAACCUGCCAUGACUCACUUACCCUUACAAACUCUGACAUUCUUCCACAAAACAUAGAAGUCCAAUAAAAUUAUACUUUUGGAUGAAUAUAAGCUAAGGAAUUUCGGUUUAAUUUUAAUUUUUUGUCAAAGAGAGCACAAAGUAAUGCUUCAUAAAUAGUGAGACCCACUUGAGUUUUUUUCUUAAAAAACAACGAAUAAAUUUCCAUUAUUGGAUUUUAUUGGUAAAACAUCAUUGUCAAUAUCUAACUAGUUAAGAAUGCCUAAGCAUAUUUUUUACACUUAUCACGAUAAUCGAACUUGGCUUAUUCUUUCGAAAAUCAGCUCCCUUUAAAUUCUAAAUCAAAUCAGUAAAUUUAACAACUGAGUAACUUUAUUGCCCAUUCCUCCACUUGAUUUUCUUCCAUUCACAUCCAAACCUACAAAUACGAAUAAACCAUCAACCUCCAUGCAAAACCAUAUUAUAUUACAAAGUUGCGCGCUUUAAUUUGAUCACAUUUCUUUACACUCUAAAAGCAGAUUAUAAAACCCCACUUUUCUUUUCUCUUCUUCUAUUGCUAGGAAACUAGUGGAUGAAGUAUCAUAUCUCCAUCCUUCUUUACACACACAUAUUUGUGUGUGUGUAUAUAUGAAAUAAACUCAUGAUUUAGUUAUCUUCAUGUCCUAAACUGUUUUUGAUGUUCCCGCUUCAAACCACAUGAGAUCAUGGAGACUCAUCAACUCUUCGUCUCUCUCCUUCUUGUUCUUGUUCUUCUUCCUCUUCCCCUAUGCUCCUCCCAAGAAAAUACCAGAAGCUUGGCCAUUGAUGUCAAUAGUCCCCUCGAUACUUCUCCAAUAUCCCAGAAACUAAAUCCAAAGCUUGUGUACGAAAUCAAAGUACAUGGCUUUAUGCUUUGGGCAUCGAUGGGUGUUUUGAUGCCAAUUGGUAUUAUCUCCAUCAGAUUAAUGUCUAUCAAAGGUCAACCUUUAAUCUGUUUUCGGCGGCUGUUCUUUCUUCAUGUUACUUCUCAGAUGGUUGCAGUGAUAAUUGUGACGAUAGGUGCAGUAAUGUCAAUAAAAAACUUCAAUAAUUCCUUCAACAAUCAUCACCAACGGCUAGGAGUUGGACUUUACGCCAUUGUAUGGCUCCAAGCUCUUUUUGGCUUCCUCCGACCUUCAAGGGGAGGAAAAGCUAGAAGGAAUUGGUUUGUAGGACACUGGAUAUUGGGAAUGUCAGUGGCUAUUCUUGGGAUAAUAAACAUAUACACAGGCUUAAACGCUUACACUCAAAAGACAUCAAAAGGUGCUAAGCUUUGGACUAUACUCUUCACGGCACAACUCUCCGCUAUUGUAAUGCUCUAUCUGUUUCAAGACAAGUGGUCUUAUAUCCAAAGCCAAACCAAUAGAACCCAAUCCGUUGAUCAUAACAGCAACAUCUCAACCGCAGAGCCUAGUCAAGGAGACGAGGUCGAAGAGACUAAACUAGCGUUAGAGAAAUGCUAAAAUCAUCCCCCCCCCCUCCCAAGAAGCUAUACGUAAUUGAAAUUGUUCUGUAAAAUACUUCUCUGCUACUUUAGUUACUCUCUGAUCUCCUCGAUGUAUUUCACCUGAGUCAUCUACGAGCAGUGAUUCUAUUUCGGUUCCUUCGCAUAGUAGUUAUACAAUGGUAAUACUUUGUGUUUCUGUCA